ACGAAACUUGAGAGACUUGCUUGUGAGAGAGAGAUCCCAAAACUAAAACUAUGGCAUGGUUUGCUAGAUCCAUUGCAAAUUCUCUGAAGAUGGAUGAGGAUGAAGAUGAUGAAAACGAAACGACGAAGGCCAAAUCGAUUGAAGAUUCCGGUUCAGAUCAACCGUCUUCUUCACCAUCGUUGUUGCAAACACAGUCUCCACGAGGCGUGAAGGAAGACAUCUCCGAACUCACCAAGACCUUCAGAAGUCAGCUAUGGGGUGUUGCUUCUUUCCUCGCACCACCACCGCCUUCUUCCUCUUCUUCUUCUUCCGAUACGGCGGAUCAUGUUGAGGAGACUCGGAAGUCAUCGGAUCUCGCGGAGGGUGAUGAGGAUCUGAUUGCUGGGAUUAGGAACGAUUUCGUGGAGAUCGGAGGUAGAUUUAGGACCGGGAUCUCGAAACUCUCUGGGAACUUACCUGUAUCGGAAUUUACGAAGAUGGCUUCUAAUUUCUUGCAAUUGGGAUCGGAAGGUACUGAUUCGAAGGAUCGUGAUGUUGCUGUUGGAGAUGCGAUUGGUGUGACUGAGGAAGUAGUUGUGUUCGCUAGAGAUCUUGCGAUGCAUCCUGAGACAUGGCUUGAUUUCCCUUUUCCUGAUGAGGAUGAUAACUUUGAUGACUUUGAUAUGACUGAUGCUCAAUUUGACCAUGCGCUGGCCGUGGAAAACCUUGCAUCGAAUCUGGCUGCGUUGAGGAUUGAGCUUUGCCCUGCAUACAUGAGCGAGUAUUGCUUCUGGAGGAUUUACUUUGUACUUGUGCAUCCUAUUUUCAGCAAACAUGAUGCCUUGAUUCUCUCAACUCCUCAGGUACUUGAAUCAAGAGCACUAUUAUCUCACGAGCUGCUGCAUAAGAGAAACAAAAGUCCAGUAGUGGUGCAAGAGAGUGGUGAUACAGAAGCUGCUAGUGCGAAUGUGGAACCUCUUUCUCUACCUACUAAUCCUGCACCCAAAUCAGAACCAGAGCCAGAACCUGUCAAGACCAUCGCUGUCGAGACAAUACAUUCGAGUGAGACGUCUGAGUUUGAGACAGAGAAGCACACAGUCGAGAGCAAGGAUGUACAAGUUGUCGACAAGCCUGUCAUCGAAGAAAGACCAGCAGCAGCGCUUCAUGACAAGCCGGUGCAGAGCCCAGUCACUGGUUCUUCACCUAGAGUAAUUGAUGUCCAAGUGGAUGAUGAUGAUGAUGUUGAUGAUUGGUUGAAGGAUGAAGAUAAUGCAGGAACUGUUAGCACCGCCACCGUCACCAACCAUCUUGUGCAGGAUGAGGAUGAAGAUGUAACCUUCAGUGAUCUUGAAGAAGACGACGAUGACGUGCCUGUGAGUUACAAGAAAUGACUCCUAAAUCCUUCAGACCACAAAGUCACUCACUAUUACGCAAAAAAGGCUGCCACUGGAAGAAUAAUGUCCCACGGCUGGUCAGGUAAAGCGAGACGCAGAAAGAAAUCAAAUCGAUGGGGCUUAAAUGUUGAUGACGAACAACAUGAUGCUGUAUUUGUGUUUGUGACCCUCUCUAUAUGUUUUAUUAAAAUUAAUGUUUUGUGAAUAGAUUUUGUAACACUGCCGUUUCAAAAAGAAAAAUGCAUGGCUUGUAUUGUAAAUAAAACAGCUCCAAAUUGUGAUGACGAUGGUUAUGGUGGCGGAGGAAAUGUUAUAGAGAUGUCACAAUAUAUUUAUAA